GUGCUCUGAGCAAGCCGAGACGGGUCCCUGCCGCGCGAUGAUCUCCCGCUGGUACUUUGACGUGGCCGAAGGAAAGUGCGCGCCCUUCUUUUACGGCGGCUGCGGCGGGAACCGGAACAACUUUGACUCGGAGGAGUACUGCAUGGCGGUCUGUGGCAGCGUCAUCCCUACCACAGCUGCUAGCACUCCCGAUGCUGUUGACAAAUACCUGGAGACCCCUGGGGAUGAGAAUGAACAUGCCCACUUCCAGAAAGCCAAGGAGAGACUUGAAGCUAAGCAUCGUGAAAGGAUGUCUCAGGUCAUGAGAGAGUGGGAAGAGGCAGAACGCCAAGCAAAGAACUUGCCAAAGGCUGACAAGAAAGCUGUUAUCCAGCACUUCCAGGAGAAAGUGGAAUCACUGGAACAAGAAGCAGCAAAUGAAAGACAACAGCUGGUGGAGACUCAUAUGGCACGGGUGGAAGCCAUGCUGAAUGACCGUCGCCGCAUUGCUCUGGAGAACUACAUCACAGCCCUGCAGACUGUCCCACCCAGGCCUCGUCAUGUGUUCAACAUGCUGAAGAAGUACGUGCGUGCUGAGCAGAAAGACAGACAGCAUACUCUCAAACAUUUCGAACAUGUCCGCAUGGUAGACCCAAAGAAAGCUGCCCAAAUCAGAUCUCAGGUUAUGACACAUCUGCGUGUGAUAUAUGAGCGCAUGAACCAGUCUCUCUCCUUCCUCUACAAUGUGCCUGCUGUGGCAGAGGAGAUCCAGGAUGAAGUUGAUGAAUUACUUCAGAAAGAGCAGAACUAUUCUGAUGAUGUUUUGGCCAAUAUGAUCAGUGAACCCAGGAUCAGCUAUGGAAAUGAUGCUCUCAUGCCUUCAUUGACGGAAACUAAGACCACAGUUGAACUUCUUCCAGUGGAUGGAGAGUUCAGCCUAGAUGACCUUCAGCCAUGGCAUCCCUUUGGCGUUGAUUCGGUUCCAGCCAAUACUGAAAAUGAAGUUGAGCCAGUUGAUGCCCGCCCAGCUGCAGACAGAGGACUCACCACACGACCAGGUUCUGGAUUGACCAAUGUUAAAACAGAAGAGGUAUCUGAAGUGAAGAUGGAUGCGGAAUUCCGGCACGACUCAGGAUAUGAAGUACAUCAUCAAAAGCUGGUGUUCUUUGCUGAAGAUGUGGGUUCAAAUAAAGGUGCCAUCAUUGGACUAAUGGUGGGAGGUGUCGUCAUAGCAACAGUGAUUGUCAUUACUUUGGUGAUGCUGAAGAAGAAGCAGUACACAUCUAUUCAUCAUGGAGUUGUGGAGGUGGACGCUGCAGUGACGCCAGAGGAGCGCCACCUCUCCAAGAUGCAGCAGAAUGGCUACGAGAACCCCACCUACAAGUUCUUUGAACAGAUGCAGAACUAGGACACCACAGCAGCCUCAUGAGUUGGACAGCAGAAUGGUUGCGUCACUGCCCAUCGGUGUUCAGUUAUAGAAUAAUGUGGAAAGAAAGAAAAACACUCUGUUUUGUUAUUUACUCAUUCUCGCCUUUUGACAGCUGUGCUGUAACACAAGUAGAUGCCUGAACUUGAAUUAAUAAAAUCAGUAAUGUAUUUUCUCUCUCUUUCUCUUUACAUUUCAGUCUUUACAUUAUUAAUGAAUGUUUUUUGUGUACUGUAAAGAGGUUAGCUGUAUUUAACUAGUGCAUGGAUAGAUUCUCUUUCCCAAUUAUUUAUCAUGUAGCUCCUUAGCCAGUUGUAUAUUAUUCUUGUGAUUUGUGACAAAAAUUAAGUCCUAAUUGAAAUAUGCUUUAAGAAUUGAUGGGGGAUGCUUUCUGUGUCUGUGGGGUUUAGCUGCUUCUCUUUGCUGAGCGUUUUUUUCUGAUCACUAUGCAUUUUAAAGUAAAAAACAUUUUUUAAAAAGUAUUCCAGAUGAGUUACUGAAAUUUUUUUCCUCUGCAGCUGCAUUUUAUUGUACAGAUUGUUGCUCCUGCUGUAUUAGUGACGUAGAAAUCAUGGGAAUACACAUUCGUUUCUUUGUGCCUGUUUUAUGUGCACACUUUAGGCAUUGAAACGUAAACUUUAUUUUCUUUUCCAUGUAUCUUUUUUGAUCUUAAAAGAAAUAUUAAAAAGAAUCCCUGUUAAUUGUGAGCACUUCUGGGGGGGAAAAGUGCCUGCUGGUCGAAAAUUAACAGGGAUCCUCUGCAGGAUGAUUGUACAGAACCAUUGCUUAUGAAUUGAUAGCUUUCUACACUGUGUUACAUAAAUAAAUUAAGAAAAAAAAACACUUGGACAAGAGUUUUCUUUGGAGGCAGAAAACAAAGAUUUCUGAAAGCUACUUAAACAGAAAACAUGGAUGUUCACAGCAAGAGAGGGUUGGGAAGGGGUUUUCCUACAAGGAUGGCCACAGUCGCACUCAGAGCAGAGCAGAAGGCAGCAGCAGCGAGACGGGGUGGGGAGUGAGGGGCACCCAUGGGCACACCGGCCCCUCCAAGGUAUCUCCUUGUUUUUUUCUCUUCCUUUCUUUCAGUUUGUACAAUAGUGUUUUAAUGUAAAUAAAUAACGUUCCUGGA